AUGAGCAGCGUGCGUUUCAAGUGGUGUCAAGUGGUUUCGAGUGUGAUAUCGAGCGGCGUCGAGUGGUUUCAAGUGGUGUCGAUGGGUGUCGAGUGGUAUCAAGUGGUGUCGAUGGGUGUCGAGUGGUAUCAAGUGAUGUUGACUUGUAACAAGUAG